UCUCCUGCAGAAGGCUAUAAACCAUCUCGAAAGCAAUAUCGACUUCAACUUCAAAGUUCCUAUAAUCUUCAACUGCACGAAGGCUACUGAAAGACUAACCUUUUUCUUCUGACACCUUUUUCUUCCCCAGAAAGGCAGCUCUGAAUACUGCCAAACGACAAGAGGCACCUGGACGAUUGGGCUACUGGUCAAUAUACAGGCAACGCGAUGAAUAAUCGUGAUUAUUUGAGGGAAAUCUGGACGCAAAGGCCGCCAGAGGGCACCAUCAAGCCUCCAGAGUAUCCGCCCAGACCGGAUCUAUUUGACGAGGUUGAAUGGGGUCCAUAUGUGACCCCUGAACAGGCCAAGUUGGCAUAUCGGCUCUGGUCCUUACCCGACGGGAUCUUGGGCGAGGAAGUCCCGCGGUUGCCCCAGCGGUAUCGACGUCCAAAUGUUCAAGCCGAGCGAGACAGCCAGGAUAUGCACGCUCUGGUCCAUAAUGUCUAUGAGCAUCUGAUGCAUGACGCUCGGCUUCCGAAAACAGAAGAGCCCUGGGACGUGACAGCACAGAUGAAGACGACCGACAACGGCACACUGGGAGGAUGGAGUUACGAGGAGAUUCUUGCGUCCCCGCACAAUAGUGAAAACAGCAGCGAGGCCUCCGUCGAUGAAACAAUCCUCAUUGAGGGCGAGGAUGUACUGACGGCCAGAUACUGGACCGUUGUCAGACUCCAAGCGGAGCUGAAAAGACGAGGUCUCGAGCACAGAGGCAAAUCGGCUGAAUUGCGGAGAAGAUUGCACGAUCAUGAACUACAACGUCGACGCAAAGCGGAAAAGGAAGAAGCGAAGGGGGGUGUCAGCAGCAUCCUGCCUCGAACCGAUUUAUCCCAGUGGGGUGCACCACGCCAGGAUGAUUAUAUGAUCAAAAUUACCAAAGGCGCCCAUUUUUCGCCGCUUGAUAUGUACACGUGGGCAAUCUCGUUGAGUCCCUAUAAUCCUGCGUACUGGGUGAGUCGUUCUUAUCUAUACUACCAGCAAAGCUUCUUUGAUCUCGCCAUCGGUGAUGCAUACCGAGCACAGCUCCUUUGUGAGGUUCUUGUCAACCCUCGGGACCGCAACCGCCAGCCAGGCUUGUACACUCGGAUCUGGCACGCGAUUGAACAGCACAUUCUGCAAACGCCGCUGGAAGAUGGGCAAUUGCCGCCCCCGAUCAGGAGAAUGCGAGAAUCCAACGGUGUGAACUCCUUCAUUCCGACUGUCCGUAAGGCGUUGCACAAUAUCAUGAGUCUCAGCUUAAAAGCGCUGCAGUGCUGGCACGACUACGACCAUAUGGAACAAUAUUUGCCUCAGAGGGUUGUAAUGCCAGAUCGCGAUAUGGACGCAUUCAAAAGCCGGAAAGCGUACACUGAGAACUUCGUCAAGGCGCAAAAGGAGAAGAAGGGGAAGAACCCAAAGCUAUUCUUCUUCGAGAAGCGCGCGGGCAGCGUUACGGCAAGAAACUACCCUUACAGCGUCAGAGAUGUGGAUCGGACCAGCAGGCAGUUCCUGGAAAGGUUGAAUCGCGAGAUUCUUGCCGACAGUCAGCUCCCGUGGAAGAGAUUCGAGAUCAGGGAACACCACAAUCAGCAGGAUGAACUUGGUGUAUAUGCGACAGAGUACAUCGAGGAGGGGCGGAUCAUCUAUGCCGAGGAGCCAUCCGUCAGGGGCCAUCUCAAUAUAACCCGACAUGUGGACAUUCAUAACCGUCAGGCUACCAAACCAGACAGGUGUGACAACUGCCAUCGGGAAAUUGCAGGAAACCUGGAGGAUCAGUAUCAAAGCCGGACAGAUCGCGACUCUAUACUAAACGGGGAACAUGCCCACGCUUGUGCUUGUGCCUUCACUGUAGAUGAACCGACCUACUUCUGUCCAGGUCGCCAGGAGGACUCCCACGAGGAAGGUGGAGGGCAAGCUACUCGCGGAGCAUCUGAGGGAAAUGAGACAUGUCUGGAGAUUGCACGCAAGCUGUAUCAUUUUCGGACCUGUGGACGAAACUGGGCAUGGCUGCACGACGCCAUGCGGCAGAACUGGAACCGGCAUCGCACAGGAAAUGAAAAAAGGCCGACGCACAUUACUCAUACAUUCGAGGAUCACGGGACAGUCCUCAGCCUGGCACUGAGAGAGGUUUUUGAUAUGACCCUCUUGCGGCGACAGAGAAGCCGUAACCCAUACCUUCUCGCACACGAGCUCGAUGAACUCCUUCCACUGCAAGGCGAGCGCGACUGGGAAUGCCAACAGUUCCCUUUCACUUUAACCGCCAAUAUCCAAGUGCCCUUUGAUAUUUUGCUACGACUGGGAGUAGACAUCUUUCGCGAUCUGACCUUUGACACAUGGGUUAUCCAGAUUGUCCUCCGGAAACUCCUUCUCAGCGUUGUGCCAUGGGACGAAGAACGCCGAGAUCAAAACUACAAGGUGGAUGAUAAUAAAGCGGAGAGGAUCAAGAACGACAAUAGGAAGAAACAACGUGAUGCCGAGAGACGUGACGCUGAGAGACGCGAUGCCGAGAGACGUGGUGUUGAGACUCGUGAUGCUGAGCGACGUGAUGCACAGACACACGAUACUGAUGAGAGCGAUUAUGACGCGACAUUCCGCGCACUGUAUCUCUUUCCGGGCUUCGCCAUGUUCAACCACACGUGUACUCCACGGUACAACGCGGAGUGGGCGUUUGACAGUGAGAUCCCAAACCGGAUUGUCGUCUGGGCUGCUAAAGGAAUCAGCCCUCAAGAUGAGAUCCGUAUCCGCUAUCGCCAGCAUCCAUUGAGCGAGGACAAUGCCCGUCGGACACUCGGGGACCUCUGCGCCUGCACUCACUGUGAGCGCCGUAGAGAUUAUCGUCCCCCAGAUGAGACUGACGAGUCACCCUCGAGCGAAUACGGGCCGUCCGAGCCACAUAUGGAUCCCCGUAACGAUGGCGGCCGAGAAAGAGGUCGUACUAGCGGUAACAACACCUACAGAGGUGGUGAUAGGGACCAAGGGCCAGCACGGGAUGACGAGGAGGCUUCGACGGAGAUAGAAGACCACGAAACGCAGCCGGAGAGCAACGUCUCUCAUGAGGACAGUCUCGAAACAAGAAGUCGAGGCGGAAGCAGACAGGACAGUAGUGAACUGCCACAGGAGGAAUCUACUACGGACGUACGUAGUCAGUCUGAUCCCGUUUUGGAGAAGAUGACCCGCGGGCAAGUCGAGGCUAUCUCUCGGAAGCGCAAAAGGAGUGCAGAUGGCAGUGAGGACAUCGAGGUUUCGCAGGAGAGAGAUACCCGGAAAGCUUUUGCAGGAUACAAACGGCAGAAGCCAAGGGACGCGAGAGCCCCGCGAAAAUCGGCCUAUUUCCAAUGUCGUUCAUAGAGCGUGUCGGUAGCUUUCCCUUUCGGUUUACAAAUCGAGGUUUGGCGCAAUAUCUGAUCUCGUGGACAAGUCUGCUGGAUGUAGAUUAUUCAAUUGAUAUUCAAAGGUGGUCAGUGUGGUUAGUCUAGCAGU